CGUCCCGCGCCCCUUCGCCCACGGGUCGUUCGCCGCAACGAUCCCCACUCCCCCACCAGGUCUGGAGCGCAACCAAACUUGUCAGAAUCCGGAGUCGCUGGUACCGUAAUAUCACUGUAUUGUUUUUUUGUCGGUGUGUGCAAUCCGUGGGCUCUGAAAUGGUGUCUGGUGCAGCCUGGGCCCCCCGCAGCGCCGCCCCAGCCUUAUAGUGCCCGUGAAGUGCGCGCGUGGACGAUCCCGAUGGAGAACAGCUCGCACUCGGCCGCUAACCCCAUUUCGCAGGGGUGUGGCCCACAUUCGCAGAUAUCCAUCCAUGUGAGCCCCACCACCGGGGGCGACUUCUACCUCACGGUGGAGCCCGACAUCAGCGUGGACGGCUUCAAGAAGUUGGUAUCCAAGAGGCUCAAGGUGCCCAGGGACAGGAUAUGCCUGCUGUUCCGCGAUAAGCAACUGCAGGAGGGGAGUCUGCUUCAGCAUGGGAUCUCCGAUGGGUCUAGGGUCACGCUGCUGCCCAACGUGGAGACGGGGCUGAUCACCCAACGCCCCGAAAUCGGGAUAAUGCAAGCCUUAGAAUCUCUGAACGACACCCAAGUUAAUGAAUUCCUUUGUGGCAAGGCCCCAUUAAACCUAAGCAUGCGUUUGGGAGAUCACAUGAUGCUAAUACAGUUGCAACUCAGCACCGUUUCAGGAACAAAACCGCCAGUAGUCUCCGGACCACCACCGCCAGCCACUAAUCCUCCAAGUUUACUACAAGCAUCUAGAAACCUUCAGCAUACGUUGAGAAGAUUAUCAGCUGACGUAUUUUCGGGUCGCGAUAAAGCGUCAGAUGUGCCUCCAGGCCGCAGGGAGAGCGUGUACUCUGGCACAUUCAGCGGCGCUCUAAACCCGGCCCUACAGGACCCGAAGGGCAGGCCGCGCCGCGACGUCGCCACCAUCGUCCACAUCCUCAACGACCUCCUCUGUUCGGUGCCCGAGUUCCGAAGAGUAAGUCGGAAAGGGUCCGAGGAACCAGUACCUGUCCCCGAGCAAGAAGACGAGCCGUCGCCUUCGACAUGUAGUGAGGACCAAAACCUGCGCACGCGCGGGAAACUCGAACAGCUGCGCCUCGUCAUGGGGGAGAGGCGCGAGCGCAGACGCCAACGUAAACAGAAACCGUAUUCGUUGCCUCCUAGUGAUACCGACACCGUAACCGCAUAAACUGUUUCCUCUGUUUGUACAUAGUUUUCUUUAUUUUCCAAGAUAUGAUUCUAAAAUUACGCUAAAGCUCUUCUAAGUUAGCAAGAAGAAACGUGGCUGUGGGUUAAGUGGAUCGCCAUGCCCCGGGUGGCGGCUGUUUUACUGUUGACAGUUUUUAUUGUUCGUAAUUUAAAAGAGUUUUAAUGUAAGCAGCUCCGAAUGUGCAUUUGUAAGGUCUUUCUUUAAAUUUAGUUCUUUAUUAGCAGUAAUUGUUUUAGUUGUUCCUUUGUUGUAAUUAUUUUUAGAUACAAGCAAUUUAAACGUUAGAUGUUAAGAUCAAGUUAAGCAGAGACAUAGGCGGCAGCCCGUAAAGCGUUUUGUUUCUGGUCCGUAUUCAGUAGACAAAAAUAUUCAUUGGUUAUGUUUAAUAAAGUAUUUUCUAAAAUU